CACCUCCUGACAUGGAAGCUGAAGCUGAGAUCCAUGAAGAAGCCAAAGAGAUGGGCUCACAGACGCCUAAGCAAACAGUGGAGGCAAGAGUACCAAGACCUCCACACAAUUACGUGGCCAUUGUGAAAGAUUCUGACGUGCCAAUUGAAACUUCGUCUCUCGACAUGCUCUGCGAUCAGCUCUUCGACGGAGUGGUUUUGCAACAGGGGCAGAGAAAGUACUGGGUCGACAGGCAUCUGAACAAGAAUUGCUUCAUGGUGUUUGCGAGGGAGCUUGCAAUUACAUGGGCCGACUCCGACCAGUACUGGGGAUGGACGACCGUCAAAGAGUCCGGUAAUGUGGAUGUUGAGGUAGCUGAACUGAGAAGUGUGUGCUUGCUGGAAAUCAGUGGGAAGUUCCGAACGAUCAUGCUCUCUCCGAAGACCUUGUAUGAAGUCUCGUUGGUGGCAUCAAUGACUGAGUCAAGUCAGGGUUGGGGCGUUCCCGUGAACAUCAACCUUACUCUACCGGAUGCGUCAAAACUGGAAAGCAUGGAGAGUUUGCAGGAUAUGCCCCGACGGAAGUGGAAAAACAUUUUGAUGGGCGAAUUCAUGACUUCGUGCGAAAAUAUCGGAGAAAUCACAUUUCGUAUAUCCGAAUGCAGUGCUAAUUGGAAACGGGGGCUAGUCGUCAAGGGUGUUGCUUUUCGACCCAAAAACUGAAGUUGGUAGGUGAGGCUUUGGCUAUUCGUUUCUUAUGUUCAAAAGGGACAAAGCAGCCUUGAUUAGUGGAUUGUUGUCACGACUCGCGUAUGUUAGUGGGUACCAAUAGGUAUGUGUACAUUCUUGUUACUUGCUCACAUGGUGAGGCAUGUUAUUUCUUGUUUUCUUGAAUUUAUCGCUAUCUAAAGAAUGAUAGCUUGGAACUUUCGUUUAUUCAACUCUGAAGUGAUUGGCUGAGUGGGUUAAUCACUUGAUUUGGAUCUAUUAGAUCAUGUGUUCAAA